AUGGAGUUGUUCUGGAUGUGGACCCCUGGUUUGUGGUCUCUGAUGCUAGCAGGAAUCUGGACUCUCCCCAUCAAUCAGGAUCAGUGGCUGAGGCCCGAGGAUGUGGAGCUGGCUGAGAGCUACCUCAGCAGGUUUUACAAUCUGAGUCCCAGCGGUGGAGUAAGAAGGCGGGUCAGGUCCACAUCAGCCAUGGAGGAGAAGAUCAGAGAGAUGCAACAUUUCUUUGGUCUUAAGGAGACAGGCCGUCUGGACCGUAACACCCUGGACGUGAUGAGGGAACCUAGGUGUGGCUUUCCAGAUAUAGAAAACUUUAGCUUUUACCCUGGAAAGCCUAAAUGGAAGAACCACACCAUCACAUACAUGAUUGCAAAAUACACUCCAGAUAUGAAGAGAGAGGACGUGGAAAAGUCCUUCAGUUCAGCCAUCAAGAUGUGGAGUGAUGAAUCACCCCUGAGGUUCAUCAAAGUCAACCAUGGCAAAGCUGAUAUCGUCUUCUCCUUUGCCGUUGGAACUCAUGGAGAUUUCUUUCCCUUUGAUGGACCCCGUGGUGUGCUGGCUCAUGCUUUUCAGCCAGGAGAGGGGAUGGGAGGAGACGUGCACUUUGAUGAGGAUGAAACAUGGACAGCAGGGAAGCAAGGGUACAGCCUGUUUGCUGUUGCAGCUCAUGAGCUCGGACACUCACUGGGUUUGACUCACUCUCAAGACCGCUCUGCCAUCAUGUACCCCAACUACAGGUAUCAAAGUAACACACAGUACUCCCUGUCCAAAGACGACGCGCUCGGGAUCCAAGCACUGUAUGGAAAACCCACAAGACAAGAAGAAACACAAGCAGCCCCCCAAAAGUGUGACCCAAACUUUUCUUUCGACGCAGCAGUUAUGAUUUCAGAUGAGAUUGUAUUUUUUAAAAACAGGUACAUGUGGAUGAGAACCACUAAGACAACUUAUUGGAAUCGCCUGAGAGAGAGCCCCAGCGGUGCAUAUUUACCCAGCAUCAGUUCUCGCGUUGACGCUGCUUAUGACCUCCCUGCCAAAGGCGUGGCGUACAUAUUCACUGGUCAUAAGUACUGGGUGGUUCAACGGCUUAAGAUGAAAAGUCAAGCUGGCUCUAUUUAUGAAUAUGGCUUCUCGUCCAGAGUCCGGCAGGUUGACGCUGCAGUACACAUCACUGAAUAUGGAAAAACAGUCUUCUUCAUAGGAGAGGUUUAUUACAGGUUUGAUGAGCGCAAGAGGAUAAUGGACCCUGGCUUCCCCAGACUCAUCCAAACUGACUGGCCUGGUAUCCCCAGAAGGGUCGAUGCUGCCUUCAAGUUACAGGGUAGCAUCUUCAUCUUAAGUGGAACAAAGUCCUACCAGUAUGACUUCAGAAAAAAACAAGUGGUGAAUGUAAUUUCAGCAAACUCCUGGUUAGGAUGCUGA